GCCCGACACUCAAGAUGCUCAGCGACGUCGUCCCGUACAUCUUCGGAGACAGUGCUCGCAUUGGAGGACUGGCAGCUGAUUUCGCGUCUUCUUCUCGGUCCCUUGGUCUCUCAUCUUCGCUUCCUGGUUGCCUUCUCCUCAGAUCUUACCCGGAUCUUCGAGAUCUUCCUUCAACAAAUCCUCACUUUUUUUCUGCCUUCGUCAUGCGGCUUCUCGUGCCUACCGUGGGAUAUGGACAACCUCCACUUUUUGCUAAUAGCGAACGCUCUGGUGUCCGUCCUUCUCAUCGUUCCGCACAACGUUCUCAGUCUCUCGCUCCCCCCACCCGAGUCUCUGUGGACGCUGCAGGCCCGUCGACACAAUAGGCCUUUCUUUCAAAAGACGCAAUCUGCUCACGGGGCUGAAGCUAACCAACGUUGCCGGUCGGUCUUGCCGCGCAACGCAUGCGCAGCUGGCGACAAAGGCUUAAACGUGGUGGGGCAGCAGGUAGAGAAGGAAACGACGCAUGCCGGCCAGCAUCGGUCAGGACGCCGGAUGUCCUUCUCAGUGGGUUCGGUCAAGCGAGGAGACUCCACCACCAAGCCGCCUGUUGGUCUCCGCUCAGAGUCUCAGUGUGAUUCAAAGGGGUUGCCAGGAGAUGUGUCUACUAAAUUCAACCAAGAAUCUUCGGCUGGCGCAGGGAAGAGAGGGUCACCUGAUGAAGAGACUGGUGCAGGGCUUUGUGGCCGACGAGCUCUGCUGAUGGAAAUUGCAGGACUGUUGCUGCAGGAACUCCUCCUGCCUCCUCACGUCAGUCCCGCGUCGGUGUGUCGGUGCGCCUCCUCCGUGUGCCCGUCGCUUUCCACUCCGCCCGUGACCCAGGUUCCUCAGGACCGUCCGAAUAUGACACGAAGCUCCCCAGGCUGUCGAUCGCCCCCAGAUACCUUCCCCCAGACAGCUGUGGAAGGACAGGAACAAAUCCGGACUCCCCCGAUCGCACGCUUGAGUUCACCAACUCCCGCUGCACCUGGGCGGAAUCCAGCGAGGCAAAGAGUCGCCGGUGAAAACCUGCGUUCGAGCGAAAGAUACACACAUCCUCAGGCGCAACAGACUGGUGCAGUGGCCAGACCUGCUGACCCCACAGAAAGGCUGCCCCCUCGUGUGCAAGGCGGAUCACCGGAGGUGCUCAGACGUAAAGUAUCAAGCAUUAUGCGGUCGGAGAAACCGACUGGGGCACACAGCGGCCCUGCGACUGAUUCACACAUGAAUACCAAGCCACAUGUGCGGUUAGUACUGCCCACGACUUCUGCCCUCAAGGCUCACGAAAGACAUCGAGCCGCUGCAGUUACUCGCGAAGUACCCGGUGAGUCGCGGGUGGCAUCUUGCCCAGUUCAAUCAGAACCAAACCCGGCGUACGAGCCUCAUGGUGGUGGUGCCGCAUGCCCUUUGGAAGGCGAAGAAGUUCAGAUAGCAGCGCGUCAUUCAACGGCUGUGUCUCAGUCGGAACAGAUUUGUGCGUCUGACGGGGGCCGCCUGCCGAUCCUUCAACAAACAUGCGGCAUUGAGACACGCAGCCAGAGUGUUGAGGGAAACCAUCGACACAGCCCAGACUCUCACAGAGGCGCGCAGAACCUGAGGGGCGAGGUGGGCGGGAGCACGAUGAGAUGUCCACCGACACUACCCCCUCAGAACGCUCCCUUUGGGCAGACCCUGUCGCUCGCUGCUGCCGCUGAGACAGCCAUCGUGCGACUGCGAGGCAAGCGCGUAGUGUACCAUGUCCGCAUGCGGACAUCUGAGCAGCUUCCUGCAGAACUGGGGAGGCCGAGGAGGUGCUGUCUGUCGCCCAGCACAGGAGCUCAAGUCUGGGGGAGCCACUCAAGAGCGUCAGGAAGCCGCGGGCAAGACACGCUGGGCGGACUGGCUGGAUCUUCUGCUUAUGGCUCGUGUCAGGUCUCCCGAGCCAAUCACGGCUUUUCUGGGACGGAGGCGGCGCCCUCGGCUUCUCUUCGAAACGAACAGCUGCGACUCGCAGCAGUGCUGCCUCGAGUCCUGGCAGAUCACCAUACUCUACGGACGUUGUCGGCGCAGUACGGAGCGAUUGUGGGUACGUUUUCGGCCUCGCUGGAGGGCGUGAUUCAGCUGUCGAAGGCAGGAAUCUUUACGCUGCUCAUCCAGCUGAUUGAUCAAGGUGCGGAGAAAGACACACUGGUCGGUCAUUUUUUCCCUCAUCUCUGCUUAGAUUUUGUUCCGGCGCGCCGCGUGGCCAGCCGAAUUCUAAGUCGCGGAUCUCUCUUUCUCAGACUUCGGUGUCUCGCUUACUGGCAGCGGCAAAUUCUCGAUGAUGAUACUCCAACAGACGUCGCUGUUUCAGUAACGGGCCACCAGGCUGAGCUCGGCGGAAGCCUCGAGAGUCGCCCAAUCGCGACAGAAAUAUUCAGGGACAAAUCGCUAAACGCAGGAACUGAACGACACCGGGAUGGCACCAAAGAUUGGUGCUGCCCUGGGAGAACGACGGCAAGGAGCGAGAGCGAAGUUUCGCAGUCUUGGCAUUCAGUUUGCGAAUCGGACGAUGCGUCAGCGCCCUCGAGCGGAGGCAGCAACGUCGGCUUGUUUGCAAAGACGCCGCGGUGGGCCUGGCAGCUUCAGGAGGUGAUUCUCAAGUGUCUGGGUCCGAACCAGCCAGCCCUUCUUCGCAGCGAAGCGAUUCGAAUCGUAACGAUUGUGUGCCGCCGGAAGACUCGGCGCGCUGUGAGAAUCAUUCUGAACCUCAUGGAGACCGGAAUGGUGUCCACUGAAAGCUGGCCUCGAGUCCUCCAGCUUCAACUGCUGCGAGCAGACGAGGGCGUCCGAAGAGGAGAGCGCGACGGCUGGCUCUACAACCUCUUGAAUGAGUACUUGGCAGUGGCGCAUGGCGAUGGUGUCGAAACUCCACAAAAGUGGGAAGGCGCAAGCCCAGGACAGAUGCAAACGGAGAGAGAAGAAAACUCGAAGGAUGGGCUGCAGCACUGGCCGACUCACAGGCAGGACUCCCGGGCGCGGCUUUACACGCAAGACGCGAUGCGCAAGGAAGAAAGAGACGCAGACUCAGAGGCAGGAAUAGACCCUACCGGAUGUGAGAAGAUCGAGUUCCGGAGUUCCAAAUAUUCGCCUGUCGCGUUGCGGGACCAAACACCUCUGAAGCGCUUCGUCUACGUUCGGCUCGUGGAGCACCUCAUGGCAAAGGUUUUCAAGUUGCCGGAGAUCUGGGAGACCCGCGUGCUCGGAUCAAAAGUCGUUGAUCUGGACCUCUAUUCCCCCGGAGCGUCCUCGGCGGGUGCUCACCGUCCGCCCUACUCUGUAGGACUGGGUCCCCGUGGUGGCGCGGUGGCGACUGCCUUUGGGGGCUAUCCGGACGCUUGGAGCAGGAGGCGCACAAGUUUGAGAAUGAAACCUGCGCCACCUCAGUUCCCACUUUUCCAGGCAGAAGUGGACCCCGGAGUCGUUGAGAAGCUGGUGCACGUCCCAGGGUCGAUAUUUCCGUCGAGUACCAGUACCACAACUGGAAAGGAAGCCACCCGCCCCCCCGUGUCUUGGAUUUUCCAUCUACUCCAGCGCGAAGAGGCUGCUGGGAGCUCUGUGAAGCCGGCGCGCGGGCUCACUCUAUAUCAGGAAGCGAGUGAGGCUAGCGCGAGCUGCUCGUCUUCACACACCCAGUCAGUCGUCGAGGCAGCGUUCGCUCAACUGGAUGCAAACAUUGUCGUCCCGGGCCUUGCCGCGGCGAUCACGUUUAGAAGAGGCAAAAUGAGCAAGGGCGGCGCCGGCCGAGGAUUCACUUGGAUGUCGUUCGUGCCUGCUCAGCUGCAGGUGCAGUUGGUGGCCAUCUUGGAGUCGAGGAGCAUGGCUGCGCAACUUUCUCGGACCGGCGGAAGUGUCGCAAACGGGGAGAAGAAUUCUGGCGAGAGCCUCAGGCAGGAAUGUAGAGAUAAUGAGGACCUAGGUCGAAGGCGAGGCGAGGACUCUGAGGACGAGGACGCAGCUGUGAGAGUGGCGGCUAUCAUUCGUGAAAAAGGAGUCCGGAUUGCUCUCGAGGAAGGUCUUGUCAGUGAGGAGGCGAUCAACGCGAGAAUGUGGAUAGUCGAACAGUUCUCUUUAGAUGCCAUGGUUUUCGCAGAUUCCGUCUCAGCCGCUCAGCGGAACGCAAUGAGGUACGUUUGCACGUCGUCUUCGUCUGCUCGCUCUUCCGUUUCCUCUGCGCUGUCGUCUCGUUCUUCUCGCUCUGGUUCCUCCUCGUUGACGCCUUGGCGGGAACAGGAUGCAAAGUUUUUCAGCGUUAAAGAUGACCGCACCAACCCCUCGGUAGGACUGCCUUUCGCCGAAACUUCCGCGGACGAGAUGUCGGAUAGGUGGUCCCGGACAGGAGUCGACGACCCUGCGACAGUCGUGGCAGAGAGUCCGCCCCUUUUUGCGAGACUCGAGCAACGACGAGGGCGGGCGUCGGCUCUGGACGGCCUUGUCGACUUAUCGGAUCUAGACGAGUCGUACUCUUUGGUGAGCUUAGGCAACCACGAGCACCGCGUUCCUGUGCGCAAACUCCUAGUCCCUCGUCGCCUUCUUAGUGACGUGGCGAACCGAACUGGAGACAAACGGUUUCUUAUGGAGGGGAGAGCCUCCCGGAGGAGAUCUUCGAACACGAAGGAAGACGAUGACUCUGUGAAUGGGGAGGUGCUGUCUCCUUUCCUCGACGUUGCUUUGCGAGUUCGCGUGAACGCGGGUGGCACCUAUGCCGACAGGACAGGUCGCUUUCAACGGGAUGCGGAGAAGGCAGCUUGGGAGUACCUGUCGCGAACGGAGCAAAUGGUGUCUAUCUGGGAGCAAAUGAAGAGCAGUGGAACGCACGCGGCCGCUGGCAGAGGCAGCCAGGCCCCGUUGUCGGGCGAAUCCUCUGUCCAGCAGAGUGGCCUCAGAAAGGUCGACGAGGAGACCAUUCCUGCUUCAUCGAGUGAGCCGGAAGCCGGACACACUCCAAGGGAUGUAACGAGCCAAAGAGGGAAGGACAACGAGGCGUGUGGACCAAGAGCAAUGUGGAAUUCGAUUGGGCCUCGCUGUCUGACAUUUAACAUGGAAUCCUUCCUGCCUCCAGAGGAUGAGGCACGUCGGGGCCUAGACAGUCAUCCAGAGAGGGCAGCUUCCCCACCACAGGAACCGUCGACGCUCGGACCUGUGGUGCUAUGUUCUGGAAAUUUCCGUUGGGUUUUUUGCAUGCACCGACAGCCGGGACAAGGCAGACGUGAUUUCGCCGAUUUCAAUACCUUCCUGCGACGCUGGGAGCAAGAGCAAUACAUGGUGCAUCUUGUGCGACUAAACGGUCACAUUGUCGUGCCGCGAGCCAGGCGUGUUGCUGCGGCGCCGCCACCAUCCAUCAUUUCUUACCUCGCCCUAACCCCCUCAGGUUGCCGCGUCCUGCUGAACCAUCCGACUUUCCUGCCCUACUUGGAGUCCGUGCUUCGUCGGCCGAACCGCGUCAAGUCCUCAGAGGUCUGCGCCGCGAUCUGGUCCGUCUGUCAGAUGGCCUCGACGUCUCUGGGAAACGAGUACCUCCUCGAGUACGAAAGGCAAAAGGAGAGGCGCCGCAGACGUGCCAAAGCGUACGCCGCAUCCAAGAAGGGGAGUGAUGGAGAAGGAAGCAUGAAGGGCGGCGCCCAAGCCGGUCCCUGUCCUCACCAUGGGUCAGGCAAGGAGAGAAGCGUGGAGAGAAUCGACUCUGCUGACAGCUGCGGAUUUGAGACCCGAAAUGCGGGGUUGGCAGCUCCUCGGCCCCACCGCAAAAUGAGCUUGGAAUACGGAAGCGCCGUGUCACCCGCAAAAUCGACUCGCGUUCUGGAGACAUCAGAACGAAAUGGUGGAGAGCAAAGUGUGUCUGGUUCUCUAAGCGAUCCCGGGGGCGAGAAUGAGGUGCUGAUGUCCGUUAACGGCGAGGCGAAACGCGGAGACAGCCGCAGCCUGAAAUCGGGUAAUUUCUCGAGCACCUGUCACAGGAUUUCAAGGCUGCUGAGAAACAGAGAUGAGGCGGAGUGUAACGUGAGCACCAGCGCAUUGCUACGACUGGUGAUGCGAAUCGCACGACGAAACAGUCCGCCCUGCGUCCGCAGCACAUGUCUCCAUGCGCUGUCUCUUGUCCAGGUGUGCGAGCCCGCGGAGAAUGCCGCAGCGGCUACUCACUGGGAUCUCGCAGCCAGAGGCCCUGUGCAGGAACGCCUGUUUGAGUAUCUGGCUGGAAUAGCAACGGGAUCCGAAGCAGACACAACUGAUACGGAAGACGAGUGCAGGGAUUCGGACAGAGCAGGCAGACCGCCCGAAGAAGAAAAGCAACGCCCUUCGAACCUCGGUUUCAGACCUUCCGUGAACCGUGGUGUCGAAGGUGGAGCUGCGUGUAGCUCUAGGAAGGAGGGAAAUGCGGCAGAUGUGCACGACAGUUGGAUCUCCUUGGGACAGUUGGUUUGGGCUCCUCCGUUUAACCCUCCUGUACCUCCCGAUGGUCGCGACUUUUCUUCGCUGUUCUCCAUGGAGAAGGCGAAAGGCGGGAACCCAGGCAGCAAUCAUCCGAUGAGUGGACGGACGCCGAGGAAUUCGAUGAGCGCUGCCAGGACCCCGCGCAAGCGAAGCAAGCAGGAUAGCUUCCAGAGGCUUGAGGAGGGUCAGCAAAGAGAAGUGUGCCUCCGUGAUUUCACAGCCGAAGCAAGCAGCCGUUCCGUUUCUUCGUCCUUCCACGAAGACAGCAUGCAAGACGGUUUUCCCUCAACAAGCACGUCGUUUGAUGUGCCGUACACGGACGGUCUUCCGAGGGAGACUCGCGCGCGAAACGAGAAUAUGGCCUCGAGCCUCCCGGACGAUUCCUGUCGGCCGUCGUAUGCGUGCUUCGGCAGUCAGCAUUGGACUAUCUUAGACAUGAUUUCCAAACUGCCGAACUCAGUUGCCGUCCGCAUCAGCGGUUUGACCUCGCAGCUUCAGUCUGUCAAACACAGGAACCCCUCGCUUUUUCUAUCGGUUGAGCUUUGGUGGCGCGUCGAGCAAUUGAUGUGUCUUUACUGCUUCUCCGCUCACCUAAGGCGUCUCGUUGCUUCACUUUUCAGUGAAACACUGAACGACCCCGCCGCUUUGUCGUAUCUUGACGCGUUGUCAGAACAUUUGUCACGGCUGCAGGGAAAUGACUACCAUGAUAUGGACGGUAGUGGCUGAGAAUCAAAGCGGAUUUUUUUUUCGUGUUGACUUGCAUCGUUCCUGGUUUCCCAUGACAGGGACACCAGCAAAGACCCUCCACGCUGAGGUCUUUCCCAAGCAACUAAAUUCUUAUGGUUAUGCGCAGCGGUAUGUCACCUGCAUCCUUCAUUCCCUUACGAGAAAGACGAGUCAUUUGUACCGACAGGCCCUGUAGCGAAGCGGGCACGAGACACUUAGAUGGACGUUUGUGUCGCGUUUGCGAUUCCUUCCAACGUGUACGUGCUCUGAGCUACUCUGUGGUUUUUUUUCAUUCAGUGACUAGCAUUAAUGGUGCCAGACUCGCUGACUCUGUGCAGCGGGUAGCCGUAAACGUUUCGCAAGUGUAGAUUCGCUGGUGGUACCUUCCAUUGAACAUGUCUCCGGUGUGUCGUAAGUCGCUGUGUAGGAGAAGUGUAUCAGCAUUUUUUUAUCACGAGUUUAGCUGCUGAGAGUGGUCGUUCUGUAUCAUGUGGGAGAGGCCCUGCUGAGGGGAGAGGGGAAUUAUGGUGAAAAAGUCGUCGCCAAAUUGGCGGCUUCGGGGGUGGCGACAGACUUUUUUCUUUUGCAAGUCGGCAUACUGGCACAGGGAGAAACACUGAGAACAUACGGUAUUGCUUCACGCAAGCCACCAGGAACAAAUUAAAAGAAUCUUCACCUGAAGCAAGGCCGAACACUGCAGCUGAAAGCUGCUUGUAAUUUCAUUUCGUGUGGUGGGGCAGCCUCGAUAUGGCAUGAUCUCGGCACGAUCACUCAUGUUUCAGAUACUAGGAGCCGCUCUUGAAGCGUGUAUGACAAAUAUUGCAAAUCCCAGACAGGAGCACACCUUUGCCGCGACAUUCCUGUUACAUAUUCCUCCAAGUUGCUAGUUCAAUAAUGAACGAUCUGUGCCCCUCUUAGAUGGCAUGUUCGCAGUAGUUGCUCCUACUCGUUCGCCUAUUUCUCGUCGUUGCAACUCUAGGAUGUGCUUUCCCACACCUUCACCUAUUUUUUCCGACCCUUCAUGAUGCAGUCAAACCUCUCUUGACGCCAACAUCUCUAUAUACAUGUUUGUGCAUCGGGGACGAGCGGGUGUAGCCUCGGAGGUGCGGAGUUGGGGUGUCCGUUCCAUAAAGUUCAAGUGCAGUUGUAGCUUUUGCGAAGACCUUUUCGUACUCUAAUUUGUGACAUAAGACUAUGUCAAAUCAGCUGUCGCCACUUGACUCACUUCAUGCAUGGUAACGGGGGGCAUGCGAGGAAGAAAACUACUUCGACGCUGGACAGAAGACUACAGGAGGAAGAAUUCCGGCGCUUCGUCAUGCCGUUUCGAAACACCGGGUACGGUUUUGUAGGCUUCGUCAACGAGGCGGACAGUAAGAUAAUGUGGGAGGGUUCUGAGUCAGCACCAGCUUUGAGCGCUCAAGUGUGGAACAUAGAUUGGUUGCCCUGUCGAGGAGGGGCGCGGCGAGAACACCGUUUUGAGCGCUGGCAUGCUGCCGGAAGUUCAGACUUCUUCAGUUUCCCCUGCUUCAACAGAAACAAAGGGGGAAUCCAAAAGGCUGAGGCCGGUUGCUCCGCUCUCCGUCCUGACCGGGGCAAAUUCGCGACGCCUCUUUCACCCACAAUUCAUCGAAACUGCUCCAUUGUUGAGGGAUUUUCUUGGGCUGGACGAAUUCUGAACCUCUCUGAACUAUACGUG